CAUUCAGCCCAGCCUGAGACUCGGCAGGUGAAAGGCAUUGUGGGAAAGUUGAUCUAUUUUCCAGAGAGGGUGUUGAAGUCUGGCAGUUUACUUAAUAAAGACCUUGGCAAUAUUGCACAGGUGUACCCUGGUAAACAAAGUAAUACCAACCUUGUGAAUAGAUUUAAAAACCGCCUUCACUGGAACAAUGUCACUGGAUUCUUCACUUUGUCAGACCUACAAAUAGAUGAUUCUGGGGUUUAUACUGUGGAGAAUGCAGUUAAAGAUGAAGAGAAGGCGACACAUACAUUUCAGCUGACUGUGUACUGUAAGUGUGUGUGUAUGUGUGUGUGUGUGUUGUCAAUUACUAAAUCAUUAAAGUGGCACUCAGCAGCAGAAACAACACUAAAGUGGUCGCGUUAUUGGUUUGGUAAAAAGCUGAGGAAUGGGGCUGGAGAAAUGUAACCACUCUCAAAUUCAUAGAGCUAUGGUUGCAAGGACUGAUCAACCAUUAUAUAAGAAGUAUAGUUUUAACCAUGUUUUGUGACUAUAUAUAGUUUGUUUACAAUUUCUAUGUUUACUAACACCGGAGUAAAACAAGCUUAUGUGUUCUCUGACGGAGACUAAGCUCAUGAGGCAUUUAUAAGUUAUAUUCUUCAAAAAUCAAUGGGUACAUAUAAUUAAUUUAUAAGUCCAAAAAUGGAUGUAGCAACUGUUCUUUGCCACUUUAAAGAAGUUCCAUUUCACCAAUUCCCAUUUAUUCAUUAUUUUCUUCCAGAUGUUCUGUCCAAGCCUCAGGUGACGGUCCAUGACAACAGCUCCUGUAGCGUGGUGUGUUUUGUGGAGAAUGGGAGAGAUGUGACCCUGUCCUGGUACAGAGGAGGGAAGCUACUCAACCGGCGCAGCAGCCCUGAGCUCAACAUCACCAUCUCUCUACCUCUCAAGGUGGAUGAACAGAACGGAGACUUUUACAGAUGUGAGGCUGCCAACCCAGUCAGCAAGGAGACCACUGUUACAAAUGUCUGUAUAGAGAGUGAUCCCUCCAAGGUGACAGGUAAAAACAUGUACAGUAGUAAUGUUAAAUUGCUUAUAUCCAGACAACACCAAAUUCAAUGUGAAACAAUAAGUAUGGUAGAGCUCAUUUUAUGAAACACAAUGUUUUAAUUAAAAUAUUGUUUUCUCUCUUUUUAUUUUAGAUGUUGAUGAGAGGACUCUAGGUUUUCUUAUUAUUGCUGUAAUCUGCGUUUUGUUUGCCUCGGGACUUGUUGGACUUGCAAUCUAUCUAAAGAAGAGGAGAAAUGGACACUCACAAGGCAGGUAUUUAUCUUUUAGCGGGGUGAGGUCAUUCUCCUUGUCAAAGUCAAACCUUUUUCAAUUAUCAAGGAUAGUGUUUUGGAAAAGGUAGAACAUUUUUGUCUGAACAAUGGAUGCAGGUCAAAUGAAGUGGCAUAUCUUCCACACUUCCUCUGCUUGGUCAGACAGUUACAUUAUCUCAGACCACUUCUCUAAAUGUUGAAAAAGCAGAAGGCACAUACACGCACACACACACUCUGACAAUCAUUACUGUAUAGCUUCUCUGGCGGCAAAAAGACAGCUAACACAGACACAGGUACCCAAUGUAACAUGAGUCCUUAGUGUUUGCAGUACCUGUCUUGGGGGUGAGCAUUUCUGCAUAUCUAUCAGUUACUCCCACCCACAUUGUAUAUUUCAUUUCCUUUAUUUGCCUUUAUAGAUUCACCCGGAAGAAAGCAAGAUUACAUUCAGUACACAGCCAUAACUCACAUUAAACCAGCAGAUAACCAGGUUAGUGAUAAUGAUACAGGCUGAUAGACAUAGGAGACGUAAUACAGCAGCUUUUGCAGCACUCAUGGCUACAACUCUAGGAUUUAGUUCUGUGCCAGUAGGUUAAUGUGGUAUUGAGUUGCACAGACAACCUGAGUUUAAUAACCUGCCUGAUGUCAUUGCAACCAGUUUUGCCCAUAUUAUAUGGUUGGGUUGCAUAAUGAGAAGCCACACAGCACAUAUUGUAUUUACACUGAACAAAAAUAUAAAUGCAACAGGUAGUGUUGGUCCCAUGUUUCAUGAGCUGAAAUAAAAGAUCCCAGAAAUGUUCCAUAUGCACAUGAAGCUUAUUUAUCUCAAAUUUUGUGCACAAAUUUAUUUACAUCAGUGCAUUUCUCAUUUGCCAAGAUAAUCCAUCCACCUGACAAGUGUGAAAUGACAAGAAGCUGAUUAAACAGUAUGGUCAUUACACAGGUGCACCUUGUGCUGGGGACAAUAAAAGGCCACUCUAAAAUGUGUAGUUUUGUCACACAACACAAUGCCUAAGAUGUCUCAAGUUUUGAGGGAGCGUGCAAUUGGCUUGCUGACUGCAGGAAUGUCCACCAGAGCUGUUGCCAGAUAAUUCAAUGUUAAUUUCUCUACCAUAAGCCGCCUCCAACAUUGUUUUAGAGAAUUUGGCAGUACGUCCAACCUGCCUCAGGAGUAUUUCUGUCUGUGAAAAAGCCCUUUUGUGGAGAAAAACUCAUUCUCAUUUUCUGGGCCUGGCUUUCGCGUGGGUGGACCUAACUCAGUAAAAUCUUUGAAAUUGUUGCAUGUUGCAUUUAUAUUUUUGUUCAGUAUAGUAAUGCCUUUGAUCUUCCCGUGUCUUGAACAGUAUUUGUCAAGUCUGUGGACUUUUAAGCUUGGCUUCUUGGUUCCUCCCACUACCUUUAGGAAUGGUUCUAGAUGUGUGUUGUGUUGACUGUUGAGUUGCCUACUGCAGAUCAAUGAGACAAAGUAUCUAAUAAUGAAACAUAUUACUCUUUUUUUUAUUUGUCUUAUUUUUUUGAUUUCCUACACCUUUUCUCGCCCCUCCCCUCUCUGCCCCUCUUUCCUUGUCCCUCUCAAUCCUUCCCUCCCUAACUCCUUCCCUCUCCCUGUCUAGGAGGAGCGAACAGCUAUACCAGAACUGGAUCCGCUUAGAGACAACCCUAACCUGACAUCCGUUUAUUAUCACAGUUAUAUCGCAUGGCGAACAGCGAUGACGUUGACACUGCAUGA